AUGAUUCGCAUCAAUAACAAACAACGAGCUAACAGUGUUAUUUCUUAUUUAACUGACUCUUCAUAUACUUACGUUGAUAAUAUUACUACUGAUUAUGAAAUAAAUGACACUAUAUCUGUUCUAUUUUUGUCAUUAAGAUUUCAUUGCGCAAAGCCAGAAUACAUUUACAAAAGAUUGAAUAAACUAAAACCAUACAAAUUGAGUGUUAUAUUAUUAUAUAUAGAUAGUGAUAAUUAUUCUUCUACGCUUUUAGAAAUGUUUGAUAAGGUAGAAUCAACGCUUUUAUUGGGAUUUUCAAAUGAGGAGUGUGCGCGAUAUUUAAAAGGAUUAGACAUUAAUCAAAAUAGAUCAAUAAAUGUAUUACGAAGAAAAGAAGAAAGUUAUGAAACAUUUUUACAAUGUUUUCCAAAAAUUAAUGCCAAUGAUUCUAUUAGUAUUUUGAAGAAUUAUAAAAAUCUUAAUGAGUUUUUUAGCAAUCUCGAAAAAAAUUUUAAAAAUAUUUCUGGAAUUGGGGAUACAAAAGUGAAUGCACUUAAGGAUUACUUUGAAAAAGAUUUUAUUUAA